ACUGAUAGAACAAACGUCUAAACGCUGGACUUUACUUUCUGUUCUGUACUCUUGUUGGGUCGUUCCCCCUUUUAGUGGCUCCAUUUUCUGGUUUCCCCUCUUUCCACAGGCUGUUCCCCAUUCCCAGAAUGCUUUCCCUCUUUGUUUCUGCCUCUUAGCUCCCUUAAAGGUUCAAAUCAAGCCCACCUCCCAAGCCUCCACUCCUUUUGCUCCGUGUUAGGAUUAUUUCGUACGUUUUCUCCAGCACUCGGAGGGCCUCUCGUUUUUGUCUCGGAGUCCUCAGUGCCAAGCACACAGUCAGGGCUUUAAUGUUUCUGUGAGUCUCAGAAUGCCUCUUCCUGUCUUCCGCAGGGAAGAAUAUUACCAACAUUAGUGAGGCCCAACAGUUGCCUGAGCUUCAGCGGCCCACCUGUGAGAGUCAGGAGAAAAUGCUGAAUUUGGGCUUCACCAUCGGCUCUUUUGUUCUGAGUGCCACCACCCUGCCCCUGGGCAUCCUCAUGGACCGAUUCGGCCCCAGACCCAUUCGGCUGGUUGGCAGCUCCAGCUUCGCAGCUUCCUGUGCCCUGAUGGCUCUGGCCUCUCAGAAUCCCUUAGUUUUGUCUCCGCUCAUUUUUCUGGCCUUGUCUCUGAAUGGCUUCGGUGGCAUCUGUCUGACCUUCACGUCGCUCACUGUGAGUUCUGGGCCCUUUCUGGGAGCUGCCUAGUGGU